AAGAAUUCAGACGCAAGUGAGGCUCUUGCUUGGGGUGGCAGUGGGCCUCGGAAGCCAUGUCCUUGGCUGGGAGUAAACCUCGUCCUUCCCCACUCUGUCCUGCCCCACCUUGGACCCCACUGAGGUUGGGGAGUGGGGAAUGUGCCAGGCUUGGGCCAAGACUAGGGGUGGGCUUCAGAGAAGCCUCUGGUGGGACCUUGAGGCCAAGGCAGUUUCCUGGCAGGGGGCCCUGGAGGCCAGUCCCCACGCAACUGUGGGCUCAGCACCGGGAAGCAGUCCAACGAGGUGGGGCGCCUGGGCUGCCUCCGUCCUCACACACCCCGGCUGAUGGGAGCUGGUCACUCCUGACCAUGGCUGUUGCUGGCAGUGAGGACAAAUCAUGACUUCAGAGGUGUCUCUCCAACAGUUCUAGUGAGCCCUCCCAGCCCUCAGUGCCAGUGACCAUGGAGACAGACCCUCUUCCUCCCGCCCCAAGCUUCCCCAGUACACAGGACGCCCCGAGGUGAGAUCCCCCAAACAUAGAGGAAACACAGUGAUCAGUUAACACGUCUCCCGCGUGACUCGGGACCUUUCCGAGACAUUGUCCAAACGUGAGGUUAAGCCCAAGCACCUGCAGCCUGUGCUGACCAGCCAGCUGUGGACCGCCACUGCAUGCACGAGCCCCAGGGGCAGCAGCUCAGACCGGCUGUUGGCGGAGCGGGUCACGGGGCCUGAGCACUAGCAGACUGGGACAGCCCAAAGGGGGCGCUGCCACGGGCGGAGGCCCAACAGUCCUGCCACCUGCCCACCCCCAGGGCAGUCUGGGCUUGCGCACCUGCAGGGCGGGCCGGCUCCUUCCUCCAGCCAAGCCCUGUGUUCCUUGCGGGACAGCGAGGAAGCUGCAAGGGCUCGAAGGGGCCAGGCAGCUCUGCAGGACCAAGGGGAGAUUCCAUUCGGACCCUUCUUCCUCUGGGAGGCGGCGGAAACCCAUAGCUCCAGCCCACUGUAGGAGCCUGCCCCGGAGGUCACCAAGAUGGCAGAGCACCGGCAUCCAGUGUCAGUGCGCGCUGCAGCCCUGGUGCAGACCCAGGGGCUCCAGUCGUUUGCCUUUUCUGUGCGCUGGUCAGACAGCAGCGACGCCUUCGUGCACAGAAGCUGGGACGAAUUCAGACGACUUCAGAAGACGCUCAAGGAGACCUUCCCGGUGGAGGCAGGCCUGCUCCGGAGAUCUGACCGCGUUCUUCCCAAGCUUCCCGGUCAGACCAGCCCGGGUUCCAGGAGGGGCGGGGCAGCAGUGGCUUGUGGAGGGCGGGGAGCUUUGGGGCGCAGUCCGACGGUGGGUCCCUAUGAUGCACGCAGAUGCACCGCUGCUGGCGCGCGGGGGGCGCAUCGGCCGUGGGCUGGCGCGCCCGCG